AAUCGAAAUAUCAAGCAGCAGAGAUAGCUCACAGCUCUCAGCGCCACUGCGACCAACUCCAGUACCGUUUCAAGAAGAAAAACAGCAACAUAAUGCAGUCACCAAAAUCGUUAACCCUUGUCAAUACAAUCUUGGCCCUCAUACUUUGUAUGUCAACCCUUGUGAGGACUUCACCCAUUCAAACAGAUUUCGCGGAACCGGAAGACCUUUUGGUCAAAAGGGCCCUAUAUGGAAUCUUGGAACGAAAUGCCGCCAUCGAUAACCCCAACUACAUGGCUUUCCUUCGACGUGCACAACUGAAGCGAGGUUCAAAGGUCACAAACAGAGCGGGAAGUAAUCGAAGUCUAUGCCUCUGGAAGGUUUGUCCAACGGCACCCUGGAUGAACACAGCAUGAGGCUAGACAAGAAACUUCAAGUCUGCAAGGAUCGAUCCUGGAGCGUCUCUUUUCAGCCAAAUAUCGAGGAGAAGUCAUGUGGAUCAAAAUCAAAACCAUAAUUCUGAAUUUCAGGAAAAUAAUGUGAAAAAAAGCGGUGGGGAGCUACAAAUACCCCGCAUCCCACACAUCAGACACCACCAGCAUCACCACCUCUACUACUACUACUACUACUACUACUACUGAUGUUAUUAAUGAGACCAUUACUACGGCAACAGCGGCACCAGCAAACAAUAUCAAUAACCAUAUCCAUUGGUACUAACAACUACGAAUAUUUUUAUUAAUAUUAUUAUAACCGCAGUUAGCAGUAACAACAAACAGGACUACAUGAACAAUUGACCAAUACUAACAACA